CCCGCUCAAUUGCACACUGAACCUAUUGUUUAUUAUUCGAAAAUCGAACUGAACAGACGAAUGUGCUCAUAAUAUACCUUUCGGAAACCACAGCUCCCACCGCUUUCGCUGCUCGGUCUUAUCAAGCCAGGCGAAAACAAGUAAACAUCGAGUGAAGGAAUGGCAUCUUCCUCCACUCACCCCUCGUUCCCACCCCGCUCCUCCUAUGCAGCCGGCAAACUCCCUGAUCGUUCGGGGUUAAAUCCAACCCCUCUACCUUUUGGGUCCUCAGCAGCAUUAUCACGAAGAGAUAGAGCCGGUGAUUACGGCGGUGAAGGUUCUGGUGGCGGCCCAGCUAUGGGUCUGGGAAAGGCGUCGACGCAUGGAUCAGUGAUGGUACAAGGGCACGGCGCACAGCAACAUGGUUUGCAGUCACAUCAAGGGAAUCCGACGGGAGGGCUGAGCGGUGCUGCCAGCGGAGGGAACAACAAUCCUCUAAGCGACCUAUCAGAGGAGCAGAGAGAAGAAAUCAACGAAGCUUUCACUCUCUUUGAUCUCGACCGCGACCGCCACCUGGACUACCACGAACUCCGCGUCGCCCUGCGCGCCUUGGGCUUCACCCUUUCCAAACCCGACCUCAUCUCCCUCCUCACAACCUACGGCGUCCCACGACCCACCGCCGCCCCCGGCGGCACAAAUCAGCCCAAUCAAUCCCAGCAAUCGUCCCGCCAGCCCCAGCCUUCACAACAACCUCCACCUCACCCAUCUUCCCUGCUCAUGCCACUCUCCUCCUUCCAGACCAUCACAGCUCGCAAGAUCCUCGAACGAGAUCCGCGUGAAGAAAUACUCCGCGCUUUCGAGCUUUUUGAUGAAGGCGGGAAAGGAUAUAUCGAUCUGGAGGAUUUGAGGAGAGUGGCCAGGGAGCUGGGAGAGACGGGGCUUGAAGAGGAGGAAUUGAGGGCGAUGAUUGAGGAGUUUGAUCUAGAAGGCGUGGGCGGGGUGACAAGGGAAGGAUUUGUGGGUAUUUGUCUGCAGUGAUCCUUCAAGUGGAUCACGAGGUAUCAAGAUGAUUCGAGAGAGGCGGAGCGGCUGGCGUGCCAUUUUUUUUUUGUCUCAGGCGUUUUGAAGGAUUUCCUUUGUUUUUAUUAUAUUUAGCGAGUUUUCUUAAAGACAUGUUUAUUCCUGGAAAUGUUGGAGAUUUAGAGGGAUGCUUUUAUGUUAUUGUGCUUCUUCCCCCCUUUUUUCUCCUGUUUUGCUCCAACUGACAUGCGUGAGAAAUCGGACGAUGCAUGAUUACUCACUCUCAACAUUAGGCUUGUUGCAGCCAUUCGUCCUCCGAGAGCUGAAAUACGGUUAGUUUAUCGCGUGAAUCAAGCCUUGUCCUUGUGUACAGAACUCGUGAGAUAAAAUUCUCAAUGUCAGCCGGACUGUUUUCCAUGAA